AUGUCCCAAACCCACAACAUCCUCGUACUUCCCGGUGAUGGCAUUGGCCCCGAGGUCAUGGCUGAGGCGGUCAAGGUGCUGAAGGCCUUAGAGACUCCGCAGCACAAGUUUGAGCUGCGACAGGAAUUAAUUGGAGGCUGUAGCAUUGACGCAACCGGCAAGUCAGUCACGGAGAAAGUCAAGCAGGCAGCUUUGGACUCAGACGCCGUCCUAUUUGCAGCAGUUGGAGGACCCAAAUGGGACAAUGCUCGUCGUGGAUUGGACGGGCCGGAGGGAGGACUGUUGCAGCUGCGAAAGGCAAUGGAUAUCUAUGCCAAUAUUCGUCCAUGCUCUGCCAGCUCUCCUAGCACCUCUAUCGCGAAGGAGUUUAGCCCGUUCCGAGAAGAAAUUAUCGAGGGGGUUGACUUUGUUGUAGUGCGGGAGAACUGCGGAGGUGCUUAUUUUGGACGGAAGGUGGAAGAAGAAACCUACGCAAUGGAUGAAUGGCUCUACUCAGAGCCCGAGGUCCAGCGCGUGACCCGUCUAGCUGCAGAAGUUGCCCUGCGACACGAUCCGCCAUGGCCCGUGAUCUCCCUGGACAAGGCAAACGUGCUGGCCUCAUCUCGUCUUUGGCGUCGUGUAGUGGAAAAGACCAUGACCACGGAGUAUCCGCAAGUGAAGUUGAUUCAUCAGCUCGCUGACUCGGCAUCGCUGAUUAUGGCGACCAAUCCACGGUCAUUGAACGGUGUUAUUCUGGCAGACAAUACCUUUGGCGAUAUGCUCUCCGAUCAGGCAGGCUCCAUUGUUGGGACCCUGGGGGUCCUGCCCAGUGCCAGUCUGAAUGGUCUUCCUGGGGACAAGAAGAUGCAGACACGGCCAUACGGUCUAUACGAGCCCACGCAUGGCUCAGCUCCAACAAUUGCAGGUCAGAAUAUCGCCAAUCCUGUGGCUAUGAUUCUCUGCGUCGCCCUGAUGUUCCGCUACUCGCUGAACAUGGAGCCCGAGGCCAGGCGUGUGGAGGAUUCAGUGCGCAAGGUGCUUGAUUCAGGUAUUCGGACCCCGGAUCUAGGAGGAAAGAUGGGGACGAAGGAGGUUGGCGAUGCGAUCGUAGCAGCAUUGUAA